UGCCGGCGGGGGCGGAGCCGGCAGCGGGCUGUGGGGGCGACAAGAUGGCGGCGGAGACCGUGGAGCUCCACAAGUUGAAGUUGGCCGAGCUGAAGCAGGAGUGCCUCGCCCGCGGGCUGGAAGCAAAGGGCAACAAGCAGGAUCUGAUCAACAGGCUGCAGGCCUACCUGGAGGAGCACGCUGAAGAAGAAGCAAACGAAGAGGAUGUUCUGGGAGAAGAAAUAGAGGAAGAAGAGCAGAAACCGGUGGAGCCACCCACCAAAGUGGAAGAGCCUCCUGUAAAAUCGCCUGAUGUGAGCACGGAAAAGAAAGUAGUGAAAAUAACAUCAGAAAUCUCACAGAUGGAGAGAAUGCAGAAGAGGGCCGAGCGCUUCAACGUCCCCGUGAGCCUGGAGAGCAAGAAGGCAGCGCGCGCGGCUCGGUUUGGUUUGGCCACAGUUUCGACAAAAGGCCUCUCUGCAGACAGCAAACCUACGGUAAACAUGGAUAAAUUAAAGGAAAGGGCUCAGAGGUUUGGUUUGAAUGUCUCCUCGCUCUCCAAGAAGAGCGAAGAAGACGAGAAACUGAAGAAGAGGAAGGAGCGGUUUGGCAUCGUGACGAGUUCAGCCGGGGCUGGAGCCACAGAGGACACAGAGGCAAAGAAGAGGAAAAGAGCAGAGCGCUUCGGGAUCGUCUGAUGCCGGCCCCUUCCAGCUGCUCCCUUGGCAGCGUGCAUCCGGAGUGCGUGAAUCCUUCCCUCUUCCCCACUUCCUCUCACCUCUGUUCCUCGGGUUUUAGCGUUGCGUAGGUAGGGAACCCCCCCUAGUUGUACGAUUGCGUUACUUAACUCUUUCGACUCGCUAAGUUUUAAGACAAAAAGAACAAGUAGGGCAAAAAGAAGGAGCUGUUGUCACUGCGUUUUGUCGGCCCGGAGCCCUGAGCUGGGAGCUGCUGCCCUUCCUGUGCGCUGCUGGGCUCACGGAGCCCUCGCUGGUUGCCCUUCUGGAGUGGAAGUUCACAUUUGCUGCUCGGCAAGGAGCUGCUGUCCCACCCCUGGGUCCUCUCUCCUCCUUGGUUUUAAGGAUGGGAGAAUGCAGCAGGCAGAGCAGCUCUCGCUGCCUGCCUCAGCGGGGUGAAGCUAAUGGGAACUGUCACAGCCAGAAUUGCCAAUUAACCUUAAAUCAAGAUCGGUGUCCUAAAACGAGGAGCAAAAAGUAGCCGUGCGUUCGCAAACGGAGCCCAUUGCCGUGGCUCCUUUAGGUCCUGCACAGCCCUUCCUUCAGGUCGGCAGCGCGUUUCUCUCCUGAAACACAGCUGCUCCUCCCAGCCGUGGGCUCUGGGCUUCACGUUGCCCCCCCUGUGCUUCGGAACCGGCUGCUGCCCAGCUCGGCGCUGCAGAGGCGCCUCUGCUCCAAAGGGAGCCGGGCCAACCGUGAGCUCUGCCUGCCGCCCUGCUCCCCGCAGCAAUCCGCUCCUGCUGCACUCAGCGCAGCUCCGUCCCAUGCCUGAAGUCCUCGUGCUGCCUGGCGGCCCGCUGAAGGUGCGGGGUUUGUAUUUCUUUCAUCACAAAGCUGGUGACGCCACCCUCGCUCGGUUCCUUCGGGUCCCGCGGACGCGCACACGCGGAGCUUUCCAGAGGCCGCGCUCGGUGCUCAGUAAGCAAUACGUGUCUACAGUUUCAUACCAGACUCCUCAAACUGCUCCCAUUCCACAGCGCCGUCCGCAGCUCUGAGCAACACCUGUGACGUCCAUCCCCACCCCGCAGGGCGGCUGUGACCCACGGCUCCGGCCUCUGUGGGGUGAGCGAUGUCCAAACGAACCGACGCUGCCCCACGCUUUCCUGGUUUCGUGUAAUAACCGUACUCGGAUUACUGUUAUUAAUGGUUGGUUUUUUUUGUAUGUGGGAUUUUGUAAGACGUAUUUUCUAUUCGCCUCGUGCUCCUUCUUGCCGGUUCUUCGCUUGGAACGUUUUGUAGUGCGCCAGGGCGAACGCUGCAUUUCAUUCUCGGUUUCAUAAUAAAAAGUGCUCCUCCAAGGCAAAA